UCUUUCUCUCUCUAACUCCGAGCUUCCUCCACGUUAGGGUUUUCUUCUCAUCUCUCUUAUCUUCACUUCCUUCUUCUUCUUCUUCUUCUUCAACUUUGGUUCCGUCAUUUUCAACUUUCCAGAACCUUCGUUUUCAAACGAGCUUCCGUUUUCAGCUUCAGCUUCCACCACGUUCCGCAUCGCGUUUUGAAAAACGGGAUUGAACGUCACAUAGCUGGUGAAGAAGUGAAUGUAGCAUUUGGAGUUCAAGUUUGAUUUGACCAAAACAAUGGUCCUGAUUCUAAAAGGUCACUGUCCUUGAAUGGUAAGUGUAUGGUGUCUGGAGCCACAGUGAAAUGAAUUACAAUAAACAUUCUUCACACCAAAGCUAAGCUAGUGGAGCCAACUUAUCUUUAAUUAAUGGGUUCAUACAGUGGCACUUGUGAAAUAGUUGAAGCAGGGGAAGACAUAGAUAAAGAGAAAGCUGCAGAGAUAUAUCGAUCCAAUUCUGGAUAUAAUGCAGCUGAGAAAAACCAGAAGCUUCCUGUGCUGAAACUACAGCAUAAGGAUCAUCUAGAUGAUGAAAUUAAUAAGCUGUUUGAGUCAAUUACUCUUAAAUCUUCAUCAAGGGAUUGGAGCCUAAUACAAGAUGGUACCAGCCCAAAGAUGAAAAGUACAUUAAAAAAGCCAAUGACAAUGGGUGUUCCUCGGUCGCCACGAGUUGGAGCUUCUGAGCCAGUGACUUUAAAGCAAGCAUUAAGGGACAUGUGUAUAUCUAAGGCAUCUGAAAUGGCUGCUAUGAGAAGAUUAUCAAAGUCAUCAGCUUCUCCAAGAAUAUCUGAGGCUGGAAAGAUACAUACACUGUACAAUUCUGUUGUAGUUGAAGCUAGACGAUCAGGGCCUUCUUAUGUUGGUAGUAAAGGUAGUAGUACAAUGGAGAUAUCUCUAGAGACAGAUGAAAGUAAGUCACUUUCAUUGGAUACAACAUCCCAGUCUCAUUCAAAUGCUACAAGCACAUCAUUGAGCCAAAAUGUUCAUACUUCUGAAACUGCUGGAACAACUGAACACAAUGAUACCAGGGAUUCAUCAUCAAUGCAAAGUGAUUCUGCAUCUUCAUCAUGUAAAGUAGUUGUUCAAUCACAGCCUUUGGAACCUGCUCAAGUAGAAAAACAAAUAUCUGAAUCUUCUCCUUCUGGUGAUAGCAGUAAGGAAAGUAAAUUAGACUUGUGUGAAGACGAGUCAUCCCCUAAAAAACUAGGAAACAAAGCAUCUGUACCAAAGAAAGGUAGGCUACACUCAGGAUCUUCCUCUUCUACCUCAGUAAAUGGCAACAGAGUGUGCAAAAAGUCGCGAUCCCCUCGAACAGUCAAAAUGGUCAUCAAGAACAAGGGUUUGGUAAAGAAGAAACUAAAGCAGGGUUCAGGUUCUGCAUUAUGUGAUUCUAGAUCCAAUGAUGCAAAUAAUAAGCCAGCUCCACUGGUAUGUGAAAGAUGUUUGUGUGCUAUAGAAAACAAAGGUAAAGGAGACAACCAAGACAUGGGGUCUAUCAGGCCUGGAGAAGGAGUAAACUCAAGUGAAGCGCGGUCAGGCUUGGUUUCGACCAGCUGCAAUAGUGGCAGAGAAAUUACAGAGGUGAAAAAGAAUACCAGAUUGAAAGAGCAACUUGAAUUUUCACAAAGUUCAAAGAGUAGUCAAGGUGAUUACAGCAGUAGUACCAGUACCAGUGAUGAGAGCAAUGUCAGUGGCUCUACUUGUGGCAAUAGGCCUCACAUGUCAAAAGAUGUUAGGUGGGAAGCCAUUCGACAUGGUCAAAUGCGUCAUGGAGUCUUGGGAUUGAGACAUUUUAAUCUUUUGAAGAAACUUGGCUGUGGAGACAUUGGGACUGUUUAUCUUGCUGAACUGAUUGGCACAAAUUGCUUGUUUGCUAUUAAGGUUAUGGACAAUGAAUUUUUGGCAAGAAGGAAGAAGAUGCCUCGGGCUCAAACAGAAAGAGAAAUAUUAAGGAUACUGGAUCAUCCUUUUCUUCCAACAAUGUAUGCACAGUUUACAUCAGAUAAUCUGGCAUGUCUGGUCAUGGAGUAUUGUCCUGGUGGAGAUCUUCAUGUUCUACGUCAGAAACAGCUUGGUAGAAGUUUUUCAGAGCCAGCAGCAAGGUUUUAUGUUGCUGAAGUCCUUCUUGCUUUGGAAUACUUGCACAUGCUUGGAAUUGUUUACCGUGAUUUGAAACCUGAAAACAUUCUAGUUAGAGAAGACGGGCACAUUAUGCUGACAGAUUUUGACCUCUCACUGAGGUGUGAUGUUAGCCCAACACUUCUAAAACAAUCUUCAGACAUGGAUCCUGCCAAGGUUUCCGGUCCAUGUGUACAAUCAAACUGCAUCGAGCCAUUCUGCAUUGAACCGGUGUGUCAAGUUCCAUGCUUCAGCCCAAGAUUCUUACCUCCUGCUGCAAAGGCAAGGAAACAGAAAGCUGAACUUGCUGCCCAUAUCAGAUCACUACCACAGCUCGUGGCCGAGCCGACAGACGCAAGAUCGAAUUCAUUUGUAGGCACUCAUGAAUACUUAGCACCAGAGAUCAUCAAAGGGGAAGGGCAUGGAGCUGCAGUAGAUUGGUGGACAUUUGGUGUUUUUCUUUAUGAGCUUUUAUAUGGAAGAACACCCUUUAAAGGCUCCAACAAUGAAGAAACCUUAGCCAAUGUGGUUCUGCAGAGUUUAAGGUUCCCUGAUACCCCUUUUGUUAGUUUCCAAGCAAGGGACCUUAUAAGAGGCUUGUUGGUUAAGGAACCUGAGAAUCGUUUGGGUACUGAGAAAGGUGCUGCUGAGAUUAAACAGCAUCCCUUCUUUGAAGGUCUUAAUUGGGCCUUAAUACGCUGUGCUACACCACCAGAAGUACCAGAUUUAUGUGAGUUUGAGUUCUCAGAGAUUACAUCACAAUCACAUGGUAAUAAGGGUGGGAAGUAUUUAGAGUGUAAAACAACAGGGGAGCAAGUGGAGUUUGAAUUGUUUUGAGUUUUGAGACCAACACCCUCUUUUUGGCAUGAAUGGCAUUCUUGUUAUUGUUAGGAUUCUCUUGUCUAUGGCUCUAAUGCACCAUGUGCCAAAUUGUAACAAUCAUCAAAGCCUAUGUUGUAAAUUAGUUUUGAAUUUAAUGCCUUUUUUGAGGUGUAGAAGGUUUAGGAUACACUACAACACACUGCAUC